GGAGCUGCUCAUCAGUUGCAGUUCAAGUCUCGGCGGAUCAAGAUCGAUCGUGGGCAGCGUAGCAUAGUUUCGGACGUUUGAAUAGUGUGUUGUGCCCUACAGUGUGAUUAGUGGUGGAAAGUGAAGAAGAAGGAGGAGUGUGAUAUUUCCAAGAAGUGAAAUUCCACCACCCACAAAACCACUUGGGAGAGCGAGGAUGAAAAGCUUUCGUCCGAUUUCGCUAGUGCUUUUAGUGACGAUCCUCGGCUCAGCGAGAUGUUUCGAGCAGCCGGCGGAGUUUCCGUUCGGAGCCCUGGACGGCAGCGAGGAUGAGCAGCCCGGGCUGAGGGUUGUCGGCCUGGACAGGGAUCGCGAGUCGCUAGAGUCUGACUCCGCGUCACUGCCCGGCGAAUCGUACGGGGGUGGUGCAUCGCAGAGUGGCAAUCCCGAGCGGCCAUUGAUCCGACCCAACAAGAGUCCGUUCCCGGGGCUCGAUGCCGGCUCGCUGUUCCAGAGUCACUUCAAUAACUUCUUCAACGGGCCGGAAACGAGCUUCUUCGGCGGUGGCGGUUUGCCCGGCUUUGGCUUCUUCGACGUCAACGCCAACAGACCUUGGUGGAAAGGAGAAAACGUGUGCGUCGAGCGUGAAGAGCAGCAGGAGGAGGUCGACGGCGACUCCGAAAACACCGAGAUCGCGGUGGACGGCGGCAACUUCCAAAGUUUCGGCUUUAUUAAUCUGAACUUUGAGUCGUGCGCCGAGCAUAAGAACAAGCACGUCUGCAAAUCGGUUAAAAACAAUAAUGGCCAGAAGAGCACCGUUAAGGUCACCCGCCAGUGCUGUCACGGUUAUGCACGGCCGCGUAAUGGACCCCCGAAUGCGCAGUGUGAGAAGGUGGACCUGUACUCGAUGGCGGAAACCGCGGAGCGUCUCGGCGCCAAGGAGUUUGUGGCGACCUUGAAGAAGAGCGGACUGGAGUCGCUGCUGGAGAAGGACCUGACGCUGUUUGUGACCCCGGACGGCGCUUACACCAAGUUUGCCGAGCAGAUGUGGGAGAAUAACUUGGUUGCGUUUGACCCUUCGGGUCGUGCGAAACGACAGGCAGAUGCUUCCGGAAUGACCGCGCGUGAUUUGAUUCUGGCGCACGCCGUCAACGGAUCGUACCACAUUGAGGACGUUAGCAACGAGCAAUUGCUGAAGACGGAACUGGCAGACACGAACAUUCGAAUCAACAUCUUCCCACGUGCGCCCUCGGACCGCAGCGGAGACCAUCCCUACCGGUACACUGCCAACUGUGCGCCGCUGGUCAAGCUGAACCGUGUCUCCGAGAAGGGCAUUGUCCAUGUGGCCGAUCGAGUGCUGAUGCCGGUGCGUAACAACAUCAUGACCAUCAUUCGCAAUCGCGACGAUCUGACGGUGCUGAGGACGAUUCUCGAAAAGACUGGCCUCGACAAAACGCUUGAGCAGGUUGGAGAUGAUAAGCACUUUACCGUGUUUGCGCCCAACGACGAUGCCUUCCUGAAGCUGGACAAAGACAUUCGUAGAAAGCUGAAGGCUGGAAAUGGCUGUGCCACAAAUAUCUUGAAGAACCACAUCUUGGACAUCACGUUCUGCUCGCUGGCGGCCAUCAACGGUGUCAAGACGUCGACCUACAAUCUGCUGAGCGAGAAGCUCGAGUUUGAGUUUGCCUCGAUUGCCAAGAGCGAAACCGAGGACAUGACGUCCGACAAGAAGAUGCAGCGGCUGAGAAUCAAUGGCAUCGCCGGCAUUGAGGAGACCGAUCUGAUGGGCACGAACGGCGUUGUUCACAUCAUUGAUACCGUGCUGCCGACGGACAGCGGAAUGCCCAUCUCGAACGCGCUGGCUAAUCGCAAUCUGACCAUCUUCAAGCAGCUCAUCGACGACGCCGGUUUGGAGGACGAGUUCGAUGCGAUGACCAACCGAACGUUCUUCAUUCCCUCGGACAAGGCUUUCGAGCAGAGCGAGGCUGGACAGUACUGGAUUCAGCAACUCAAGGAACAUCCGGAGAGUCUGAAGGACAACGCUCGCCUCAAAGAGUUCCUUGAAUACCACGUGGCGGAACCACUGAUCAAAACGUGCGAUCUGCAGGAGAACAUGAUUAAAACGGCCACCGGAAGUGACCUGCGAGUGAAUCUGUACACCACGAAUCCCGUAUUCAGCAACGUGCUGAACCGUGCGACGGUAAACUGCGCUAGGUUGAUGCACUUCGAUGAUGAGACUUGUGGUUCCGUUGUGCAUGAGGUCGACAAGGUUCUGGAAUCUCCAAAAUCGAAUCUGUUCGAUGCGUUGAAAACCAACCCCGAGUACAGCAUGUUCCUGGCGCUGGUCGAAAAGGCCAACCUUACCGACCUCCUGAACGCCUCUAACGAGAGUCUCACCAUUUUCGUGCCCAAAAACGACGUCUUCCUCGAGGUCAAGGAGUGGUACGACCAAACGAUGGACAACACCGAAGAGCUAGAGUACGUCAUCAGGUCGCACAUCGUGCCGGACGUCAUCUGCUGCGCCGGAAUCGUCCAGUCCAACUGGCCGUUCAUCCGCACCAUCGAGACCAUCAACCAGCAGCGGCUGAAGCUGAACCGCGACCGCCGCCCCCAGGUGCAGAAUGCAGGCGUAACCAAAUGUGAUAUUGUUGCCAAGAAUGGAAUUAUUCAUGAGAUCAACGAUGUGAUCAGUGUGCAGAAGAAACGACGCGCCGACUCCGAGGGAUUCCCCAGCUUCGCCCGUCCGCUCACGUUCUUCUUCAAGUGAGAACGCGGAUGCGCGGAGUUUUUAUCUUUGCGUGAGGUGCACCGAAAUAAUCUGAUUAUCUAAAUAAGUUUAUUAUUUAAAGUGUCUCGCUCUACGAACUCAAUCACUUCUGCUUGUUAAUUAUUUCAACAAGUACGGAACUGUACAACACAAACACUGUAGAAUGAGUGAUUGAAACGAAUAAAUCUCAUAUUUAUACAAUGACGAAAUAAAGAUGUAAAAUUAUCGAAAUCU